AAAGACUCCAGCUUUAAAAACCCGCCGCAUUGGUUUAUUCAGCCCUCACUACAGAAGGGAUCGGAUCGCCCGAGAAUUUUCGAUUUUCCCGAAAAUGUCGAGAUCGCGGAUCAGCUUCGGUGUUGCCGCUUUCGCGUUGUUCCUGAUCGCGUCGGCCAGUGCCGAGGACGUCGUCGUGCUGACCGAUAACAAUUUCGAGAAGGAGGUCGGUCAAGAUCGAGGAGCUCUCGUAGAGUUCUAUGCCCCCUGGUGUGGGCACUGUAAGAAGCUUGCUCCUGAGUAUGAAAAACUCGGUUCAAGUUUCAAGAGGGCAAAGUCUGUUUUGAUCGGAAAGGUUGAUUGCGACGAGCACAAGAGCCUUUGUAGCAAGUAUGAUGUUUCUGGAUAUCCCACCAUCAAGUGGUUUCCAAAGGGAUCCUUGGAACCGAAAAAGUAUGAAGGUGCACGGAAUGCUGAAGCCCUUGCUGAAUUUGUAAACAAGGAAGGGGGGACAAAUGUCAGGAUAGUGGCGCCCCCUUCGAAUGUUGUAGUUCUGACUUCAGACAACUUUGACGAGGUCGUUCUUGACGAGAAGAAAGACAUUCUGGUUGAGUUUUAUGCACCAUGGUGUGGUCAUUGCAAGAAUCUUGCACCGACUUACGAAAAACUUGCAGCAGCAUUCAAGACAGAGGAAGAUGUGGUUAUUGCAAACCUCGACGCCGACAAGCACAAGGACCUUGCGGAAAGAUAUGGAGUUAGUGGUUAUCCGACAUUGAAGUUCUUCCCUAAGAACAACAAGGCUGGUGAAGACUAUGACGGUGGCCGGGAUUUGGACGAAUUUGUCACUUUCAUCAACGAGAAGUGCGGAACUUACAGAGAUGAAAAGGGGCAGCUGACCUCCGAGGCCGGUAUAGUCAAGGAACUCGAUAGCUUGGUGAAGGAAUAUGUAAGCGCGUCCUCGUCUGAAGAGAAAGAAUCUAUAUACAAACGGUUGGAAGCGGAAGCUGGCAAGCUUACGGGCUCCGCUGCAAGGUACGGGCAAAUGUACAUGAAAGUUGCUAAGAGUUGCCAGGAGAAAGGCUCCGAUUACGCCAAGAAUGAAAUUCAACGGUUGGAACGCAUGCUCGCUAAGUCAAUCAGCUCGACAAAGGCGGACGAGUUCACUUUGAAGAAGAAUAUCCUAUCGACAUUUGUUCAAGAUCAGUAACGGCUUCCAUAUUGAUGCUUGUAUCCUCAAAGCUUAAGUUUUUGUCGGUAGAUGUUUGAGAUUGCCCUCAAGUUUUUUCCGAGAUGGGAGGAUAGGUAUUAAUGUUUCCACAAGAUUAUCGCUUAAAACUAAUACUUGCUCCGAAUGAAUUUUGAGUUCGCCAUUGCACUUGUGCUUGAAUUUGUUUUGGUAUUUAUGAAGCUUAGUUGAAGAA